UACAGCUCACUUUAGCUCGGUCCCCUUGCAACCUGGCCAGUCCUUUAAAUUCACUGUCCUGGAGACACUGGACAGGAUCAAGGAGGAGUUUCAGUUUCUUCAGGCUCAGUAUCACAGCCUGAAGCUGGAAUGUGAGAAACUGGCCAGUGAGAAGACGGAGAUGCAGCGCCACUACAUCAUGUACUAUGAAAUGUCCUACGGCCUCAACAUCGAGAUGCACAAGCAGGCGGAGAUCGUCAAGCGUCUCAGUGCCAUCUGUGCUCAGAUCAUCCCAUUCCUCUCUCAAGAGCACCAACAGCAGGUGGUCCAGGCUGUGGAGAGGGCCAAGCAGGUCACAAUGGCAGAACUUAAUGCCAUUAUUGGGCAGCAGCAGCUCCAGCACCUGUCGCACCACGCCCCCGGUAUCCCCCUGACACCCCACCCAUCAGGCCUGUCCCUGGGUGCGAGUGGCUCAGGUCUCCUAGCACUGACGGGUGCCCUGGGAGUGUCUGCUCACCUGGCUUCAAAAGACGAGCGCAACCACCUGGACCCAGAGCACCUCCGAGAGGGAGCCCCCAGUAGGAGUAAAUCAGUGUCGUCGACAGACAGCCAGCCCAACGAAGAGCGCCAGGGCCCGUCUGGAGGGUACAGCUCUUCUCAGGGUGCAGCAGAGGCCAAGAGGAGGCGCUGUGAGGACAAGGAGUCCCUGCCUCCACACUCUUAUGACAGUGAUGCGGAAAAGAGUGAAGACAACCUUGUGGUGGAUGUCUCAAAUGAAGAGCCAAACUCUCCAGCAGGCAGCCCUCCUCAUUCUCCACACGGGAACGGCUUAGACCGGGCCCCCACUCUUCGGAAAGAGAUGCCUGGCUCCUCAGGCACAGAUGCCCCCACCACCCCAAACCCACGUAGCCCUACCCCCGGGAAGGCCAAGGACCCUGCACAGAUGGACAAAUCGCAGUCUCCAUUGUCCAAGUCAGGUACCCCCUCCCCGUCCCAUCGUGAGGCUCUUACUCCAGGGGCCCCGGGAGCUCCUGGUCCCAGCACGUCCUGCCUUCGCCUGGUCAGCAAAGCAGCUUCAGCUGCUGACCCGCUCGCCCUGCGCAGCCCCAUGUCUGUACCCCCUGGUUCAUACCCGGCUCAUUUUGGGGUGGUGUCCCACGCAGGACUCAAUGGGGAGCUGGCCAGUCCAGGAGGUUUUGGAGGGCCUUUGACUCUGUCCCCACAGAUCAGUGCAGCAGCCAGUGCCUACUCACGGAGCCCGAUGGUUGCUUAUGAUUCUCGAGCUCAUUUGAGGGCGCCUGGGUUAUCCUCCUCCCUACCUGGUGCUUCAGGAGGAAAGCCAGCAUACUCGUUCCAUGUGAGUGCAGAUGGGCAGAUGCAGCCUGUGCCCUUCCCCCCUGAUGCCCUGCUGGGCCCGGGGAUCCCUCGACAUGCGCGGCAGAUCCACACCCUGAGUCACGGAGAGGUGGUGUGUGCGGUCACCAUCAGCACCUCCACCCGCCAUGUCUACACCGGAGGCAAGGGCUGCGUCAAGGUGUGGGACAUCAGCCAACCGGGCAGCAAGAGCCCCAUGGCACAGCUCGACUGCUUGAACCGAGACAACUACAUUCGUUCCUGUAAAAUUCUUCCUGACGGGCGAACUUUAAUAGUUGGUGGUGAGGCCAGUACACUGUCCAUCUGGGAUCUGGCCACACCCACUCCUCGCAUCAAGGCGGAGCUUACGUCAUCUGCUCCUGCCUGCUACGCUCUGGCCAUCUCCCCUGACAACAAAGUGUGCUUCUCCUGCUGCAGUGACGGCAACAUCGUGGUCUGGGACCUGCACAACCAGACUCUCGUCAGACAGUUCCAGGGCCACACAGAUGGAGCGAGCUGCAUUGAUAUCUCUAAUGACGGCACCAAACUGUGGACGGGCGGACUGGACAACACUGUCCGCUGCUGGGACCUCCGAGAGGGACGCCAGCUCCAGCAGCACGACUUCACCUCACAGAUCUUCUCCCUGGGCUACUGUCCCACGGGUGAGUGGCUGGCUGUGGGAAUGGAGAGCAGUAAUGUGGAAGUCCUUCAUGUCUCCAAACCUGACAAGUACCAGCUGCACCUCCACGAGAGCUGUGUCCUCUCUCUAAAGUUCGCCUACUGCGGCAAAUGGUUCGUGAGCACAGGUAAAGACAAUCUGUUGAAUGCAUGGAGGACACCUUAUGGAGCCAGCAUAUUCCAGUCCAAGGAGUCAUCGUCUGUGUUGAGCUGCGACGUCUCCCCUGACGACAAGUACAUAGUGACAGGCUCGGGGGAUAAGAAGGCCACAGUGUACGAGGUGGUGUACUGAGGAGCAGAGGCAGGAACAGACUCACUGUGGAAUUCUGUUUGUAUUUUCUGGACGCUCCUUUUCUCAUCGCAUCGGCAGAAGUCUCGGCUCAGCUCUCAAAGAACCGAAUCUCUCUGACCUUCAACCUGCUUUUCAUCACCCUUUUGCUGUGAUAUAAGCUACUGCAGAAGCGCCCAAAUCCCACCCACCCUUUCCCACCUUGUUAGCAGCCAGAUAAGAAGGACAAAGAGCGUGAUAAAAGUAGGGCUGGAAAAGACCAAAAACGAGUGGGGAAAGCCAUAGGAAGGAAGUGGAAUUAGAGGUAAGAAUAAGGAGAAGAGGAGGAGGAGGGUAAUUAUGGCUGUUUCCUGAUUAAGAGCUCAGAGGAGGGAGGCCCCUAGAGGAGGCACUGUGGGAGCGUCAGCCAGCAGCACUGAUACCACACAAUCGAUUCAUUAGGCAGACAGUGCAGUGCGUAAUGAGGGCGCCGCCACAGCACGCUCUCCCCAGUGACGAGCGCAGGGAGGCGGGGACACUGUACACACUUACUACAUACACACACUUGCAUGAUAGACAAGAGAUGUUGUGAAGGGCAUAUGGGACCCUUGAACAGAAUACUGAAAAAUAGCCUAUUACUCUGGGAGUUAAAGGUGCGCUGUGUAACUUCUUUUGUAGAGGGUUACACCACUUGCUUUGUCUGGAAUGUUACGGGUCAGAAAGCAUUUCAAUUCAUUAAAGUAUGAUAAUUAUUUUCAUAACAUUUAACCAUUACAGUCAUAAAAUAAUAAUAAUAAAAUAGAGUACAUGUCAGCAUUUUAAGGUAGGAAAGGAAUGUUACAUUUUAAACAAUAAUUCUUGAAAGCAUGCGCAAAAUUAAUAGCUUUUCUAAUAUUUUCCUCAUUGAUGGAGGUGAAGAGCUUCUCUGCUGUUUUAGCACCAUAGAAGAAGACUUGGAUAUGUUUAAAAAAAACACUGGCUCUGUGUAAUGGGAAGAAAGUCAUUACUUAGAGCUCUUUGACCACUAAUGGGAAAAAAGAAGCCGUAAUUACCUCUGCAAUGUUGAUUUUAGAAAGGGGGUUUAAGGUUGCUUUAUUUUUGUUCCAUUUACCUUCUCAAACCGACCAAUUAUUAUUAUAUACAUGCAAUGGAGUUUUCCUAUAAAGAAGCAGCCUUAAUGUCUAUAGUACACAGCAAGUUUUUAGCACAGCCACAGCCCGCACAGUACCUUUUGUUCAAAUCAGUAUGCUAAUAGUAAGUAGUAAAUGUCAUUUCCAGCGCACACACUUGGAUAGGCCCCAGAGGAACAGAGAGAAACACACACACACACAAACACGCACAAACACACACCCAAUUAAACAUUCAUGGCACUGCUCCUCGUCUCUCUGCUUAAUAUCUAUUUUAUUUCGCUUCGACAAAGGCAGCGUCUAAUGAGCCUCACAGUCAAUGGGAACCUCGGAGGGCCCAGAGACACAAACAGAGCACAUCAGGAGCUGUUGCCUCUAAUUCCUCGUGACUGUUCUGACGCUUGGCUGCUCCCCCCCCUCUCACUUAAAAGGUACUGUCAUCCAUAUACUGUAGCAACAAGGUCGACAAUAAUAAUCACCUAGCUGCCAUCAAACAACAAAGAAUAACACAUGUCUUUCACUAUCAAUUAGACCUGCACAAGUAUUAUUUGGCUUUAUUUGGGUGGGUUAACAGACUCAGUUUCAACUUAGAUGAUUACAAUAUACUGGAACUAAAACAAGACAAAAAAGAUUGCCAGUGAAUAUACAUUAAUUUUAAUCACAGCACAACUGUUUUUAUUAGAUUAAUGUACAAAGCUCAGUGUCAUAUUUAGGGGCAUAACACCAUUGCCAUAGAAACAGUGGUGGAAGAAGCACUCAAUUUUGUUAAAAGUACAGAUACCAGAGCAAAGAAAUGCUCAAGUAAAAGUAUCGCAUGAAAAAAACUACUCAAGUAAAAGUAUUUUUUAUUUAACUACCCAUUUAAAAAUGUACUUAAAGAGUUAAAAAUAAAAGUAUUUGAUGCAGAUGUUGAGAUCUAAUAAAACUUCAAAUGUAGUGAUUUUUAUACAGAUUUGUGCUGAAUUUUGUUCGACAGAAAUAAUUUAAUCAACCUUUUUGUUCUAGCUGUUUUUAUUUGAAUAUUUGUUGUUAUAUUUUUGUUUGCUCAAAUUUUGAACAUGUUAAAAAUAAACCCUCAGCCUUGUCAGCUGGCCUUGCAUGAUAAUAAAAAAUACUUUUACUCUUCAGUCCUGCUCAAAAAUGUAGUAGAGUAGAAAGUACUGAUACCUGCUCUCAAAUGUAGUGAAGUAAAAUUAAGAAGUAUUCACUUUCAAAUUGACUUAAGAUACAGAUACAUAAAAAUAUAGUACAUGUCAUGUUCCACCACUGAAUACAAACUGAGAAUUUGUUUUGAUAUGCAGUGGAUGAAUCUUAUUUAAACAAAGGCCUUCUCAUAUCAUUUUUUAAACAUUUUAUGAAUUUUAUAAGCAUUGUUUCAGGUUGUAGAUAUGUAUAUGACAUGCUCCGUAUUAGGGUGGGUCUGGGCUGACUACAGUCUAUGGGACAUAUUAUAACGCAGGCGGGGAAAACACUCUCUUCUUUUCUUUUUGCCAGGCCUCCUUCAGUUUGAUUAAUGCCCUUGUAUCCUUGGUGACAGACAGAUGAUGUGAAGAUGAUUUAAUUUUUUUCCCCGCCGUAUUGAGUACUAUGUUCCUUCCUUUUGGCUCGUAACUAAAUGUGUACAGUAUUUCAGUUCAGUCUUCAGUGCUGCAGGCAUAGGUCUACACAAUUCAUCCAGGUUGAGCCGUCUGUUCUCCUCUGCAUGUGUUCACUGCAAAGUAUGGUCAGUAUUCAUAUGAGAGUUUAGUGUAAAAAUAAACUGUGCAUCAAACUUCAUGUAAGCUCACAGGUUUACUAGUGAAAUUACUUUGAAACUAAACUCAAAUACCAAGUAUAGGUCUAUACUUUGUUUAUGUCAUGAAAACAGUGGAAACUGUACUUAAACAUAUGUUGGUUCAUUAUCGUGGGAGGGGUUAUGAUUGUUAUUCUUUCCAGAAGUUUUACAUGCUAUCCACACAAAAUAUUUUUACAUUUCAGAACAUUUGAUACUCAACAUUUUUACAUAUCACUAACAAAUAUCUAUAAGGGACUUGUACAAUGGGUGAAAAAGAAUAAUGAAGAGGAAUCCAGUGUACAGUUGAAAAGGUUUGCCUGCCUCUCUCCCUGUCUGCCUAUAGGUUCAGCAGACUUCUCCUCACACAAGCUUGUAUACUCUGAAUGACGCUGUAUAAUGGCUAUGCAUCUGUUGGUAUAGCGUGAGUUUUUUGGACAUUGUAUUUGAUACUUUUCAUUGUAACGUCUGUCCGCUGCCUGUGCUUUCACAUCUAUUAAGACUUUUUAAGUUUUCUUUUACAAGCCAAGGAACUUUGAUUUAAUUGCACUGUGUCUUCCCUCCUGAUGCGUUCCCCAUGUGCUGUACAUGAAAAAAUGUGUGUAAAAAAUAAACCAAACUUCCUUUCACUUG